GGCUCCUCCGGGCUGGUGGCCGGCAAAGCCGACCCUGCCACCCCCGGGAGGGUGCACUACCACCCGGACUCCCCGGCGAAAGGGGCCCAGUGGAUGAAGCAGAUCGUUUCCUUUGAUAAGCUCAAACUGACCAACAAUUUGCUGGAUGACAACGGGCAUAUCAUUUUGAACUCCAUGCACAGAUACCAGCCGCGUUUUCACGUGGUCUACGUGGACCCCCGGAAAGACAGCGAGAAAUACGCGGAGGAGAACUUCAAAACCUUCGUCUUCGAGGAGACGCGCUUCACGGCCGUGACCGCCUACCAGAACCACCGGGUGAGGCGGAAGCGGGUCCCGAG